GUCAUCGGACAAGACAUUGAUCGUCGUUGAGCUGGUUACACGAUAUUGAUGAUAGGAAGAGAAGAUGAGUUGGAGUGCCGCAGAUGCAGUAGACUACAAGGGAUUCCCUGCUGACAAGUCUAGAACUGGCGGAUGGAUACCCACUGCCCUUAGCUUAGGUAUGCAGGAAUACAGCUCUUAUGUUUCUUUGCAACAUGUUGUUCUAAUAGAUUUCAAUUAUGCAUUCAAGCAAGUAGCUAUAAAACCUGAAGAGAAGAAUAUUGCCUUCCGGAGUGUUCAUAUUGUUGAUGUACCAAGCCCACAAAACCCAGUCGCUGCUUGAUAUAGAACAAUUGCAAUUUUUGCCGCUAUCCAAACCCUUGGGACAAGCAUGUUAGCAAUAUCAACAAAACUCGAAGAGCUUCGCCCAACUCAAUAACAAGCAUCCACCAUGCAAAGAACAAUGGGAAAGUUCCAGAUCCGAGCUGGUUCCCUCACUGUAUUCUUUGUGGCAGCCAUUUUGAUUAUUUUAGGAUUUAGCAACCUACAAAGAAUAGCCAUAGGUUUGUUCCUUUCAGCUAUAGGAAUGGCAGCUGCAGCAAUAGCAGUGGUGAAAUGGCUAUCUGUCGCAAAAGCAUCUGAUCAAACCACAACCCUGCCUAUCACCGUUUUCCUUCUGAUCCCACAGUUCUUCCUUGUUGGUGGUGGAGAAGCAUUCACACACACUGGCCAGCUGAAUUUCUUCAUCACUCAAUCUCCAAAGGGGGCAGUGACUGGAAACAGCCAUCGACAAGGAUGGCUGGGGGAUAAUAUCAAUAAAGGAAGACUUGACUGCUUUUAUGAGCUUCUAGCUGCACUAAGCUUCAUUAACUUUGGACUAUUUCUUCUCGCUGCAACAUGGUACAAGCGCAGAACAUUAAACCAUCCCUCCCCCGGGCUGAAGAUUCUAGUUAAAGGUUCCUCAACUGAGGAGAAAUCCUAGCUUUUGAUGCAUCCUGUGUCUUGUCUUCAUGGUAUAGUUUGUGGCUUCCCCCAUUGUUAUGUGUGAUUACCGAGUACUGACUAUUGUAGUAGUGUGGAGCUUUUUUGUUCGGUGUGGCCCUUAUACCCCGCCUAGUAUUCAGUUGGAUCUAGUGUUCCAGUACUGAACAAGUGUGCCUACUUUUUGUUCAAUAAACAGUCUUUUGCAGU